AUGAACAGCGGCACUAAGGAUUAUCCUUACGAAAUAAAAAAUUUGGACCCUGAGGAGCACGCGAAAGUGUUUAAACAGUUCAAUGCAGAUGGAGGUGUCCUUGAAGACUUCAUACGGGUCGGUCCGAAGGGUUACUGGUUUCCAUGUGGGUUUGCGGAGUUGGCCCCCAAAAUCUACAAUAUGGAAGUCAGACCUGAUGACGUUUGGGUGAUAACAUUUCCAAAAUCAGGAACAACUUGGACACAGGAGUUAGUGUGGCAAGUGGCAAAUGAUUUCAACUACGCUAAAGCUAAGGAUAUUCCACUCUGGAAUAGAUUCCCGUUUAUAGAAUUCGCUUUGUUUUUCAACGAAGAGAAAGCCCAAAAAGAGUUUGGAUGUGAUGAGGAAAACAAGGCUAUGUUGGACGCAGCAAACAAGAAGUUCGAUCAAGUGUCGACAAUGCAGUCGCCGCGGUUCAUCAAGUCGCACCUGCCGCUGUCGCUGCUGCCGCCCGCGCUGCUGGACUCCUGCCGCGUGGUGCACGUGGCGCGCGACCCCAGGGACGUGGCCGUCUCCUACUACCACCACUACCAUUUCUUCCGAUUCUAUGGCUAUUCGGGCAACUUUAAGCAAUUCUGGAAUUUAUUCAUUGAAAAUAGAAUUGACUGGACUCCAUAUUUCGAGAACGUGAAAGAAUCGUGGCGCAUGAGGAACCACCCUAAUAUGCUAUUCCUGUUUUACGAAGAUGCCUUGAGGGACCUGCCAUCAACGGUAAAGAGAGUGGCUGCAUUCCUCGGGAAGGCAGUGACGGAGGAGCAGGUCAGCCGGCUCUGCGAACAUCUCGCCUUCGCCAACUUUAAGAAAAAUUUAUCUGUCAACUAUGACAUUCUCAAAGACACACGUUUUGUUAGAAAUGAAGGCUCUUUUAUGAGAAAAGGCAAGGCUGGCGGGUGGCGCGAGUACUUCGACGAGGAGAUGCUGCAGCAGGCGCAGCGGUGGAUGGAGCACAACCUGCGGGACACGGACCUUACAUUCCCUUCAGUAGUAUAA